UUUAUUUUUCCGGUAAGAUUGUUUCUUCCAUUGAUUACUUUGAGACCUUACAGUGGUCACAGCAUUCAUCUUGGAAGAACCCUUAUGCCUACAACAACUUUAAAAGAAGCUUUAAAAAUAAUCAAGUGUGUUAAUAAAACUGUCGAAGCUUGCAACAGAUCUUUACAAUGUGAUAACAUGCUUCCCGUGGAAUUUUAUGACGACCUUAAAUCUUGUGAAGCUGAAAAUGGUGGAGAUGGAUUCAAUUGCCCAUCAGACGGUGCAAUAUUUCCUCCUAUGAAACAAGUACUUCAAAUAUUAAACUGUGACAUUCCCUUUUCUCCUGAGGAUUUUAAAGAACAUGAACAAGAUUUUAUAAUCUACGAAAAAUGUAUGAAAAAACUAAAAUCAGACUUAUGUCCAGGAAAGUAGCUGAAAUUGAACCAGCAUAAGAAGUAAACCGUGUUGAAAUAAUGCUUAAAACUAAUAUUAGUACUUUGAUAAAACUUAUUAAUAGCUCUAUCUUUGAUAAUACUAUACCUUUAUAACUUAAACUUUUAAAUUAUUGUUUAAAUUUUUGUGUGCAAAUUUUAAUUGAUUACAGUGUUAAUUUCUUUCUUACCUUUCAGAAGUAUUGGUAUUAAUAAAAAGCAUUGUAUAUUCAAAGUAUCUUGUAAUAAAGUAAAUUGAUAAAAGUUUA